GCGGAAGAUAAUUAUCAUCACGUGGACCCCAACAGCACCGAUCCGCAGACUAUCGCUCAUUCUUCGAGCUUGAUUGCCACCAUAUCACAUCUCAUCCACCAAAAGCAAGAAAGAUCAAGAGACCAUGAAGGAUACCGGUAUCGGCACCCCAUCGAUAGCAGUAUCGGCAGCGCGAUCGGCAAGGGGUAGCUCUCGUGGACGCAACUCUCCAAGAUCUAAGAGCUCGGCAAAGAAGACAUCAAAGCACUCGGACGCCCACACUUGGCAUGGCACAAUUGAUGACGAUCCCGUAUCAACGACCAAUUUGGAGAUGAUGGCAGACUGCGUCCGACCUCCGACAAGCGUGAAGGUUGAGAUGAAGCAAAAGCUGCCACCAAAAAAGAAAUCGCUAGAAAUCAAUACGGCGAAAGUGCUUUCACUGAAUGACACGACUCAGACAAGUAGCCCAUAUGCAUCGACUCGUCAUUUUUCUUCAGAGACAUACGAUGCAAGCGGUGAGCAGACCUUGACAACAGCAGUCUCAUCUCUGGACGGCGUCACCACAGUCAACAAGGACGAAUCACGUCAACCAUCUCCCAUUCGAGAUCAAGCGCCGCCCAAGCAGCAAACCAAGACAAAGCAGAGACACGCAAGGCAUCCACCACAGCAUCCGCUUCGGGGAGGGGGUGCGAAAAGCAAUAGCAAGGCAUUGGCAAUCAGAGCAUUGCAUUCUCUGACGCUAUCAGGGUCGAAUGCAGAUGACAGCAGUUGUGUGGAGUCUUCCCCAUCCUAUAGAAGCGCUGAGCAUCACGCCCUAAAGUCAUCUUCCACUGCGGCGUCUCGGAGAACGGCAGCUUCUUCGGCCUCUGCUCCUGACUUCAAACUAUCGACAGAACGCCUCGAAGUAUUGGUGAUGCAACUAAGAGAGACCAAAGAUGAGAAAGAAGCAGCGACAAUCGUCUUGGAGUUCGCUCUGCGAAUCAAGAACCAUGAACUCGUUAUACAGGGCGCCGACCUCUCCAUCAUCAAUGCGAUGAAGCGGUUCGGAAACAAUAAUAAGAUCCAAACUCGAGGCUGUAAAGCUCUCGCUGAAAUGGCGACCAAGGGUCUACCCAAUGUCGAAUCGAUUGUUGACAAGGGUGGGUGUGAUAAGAUCUUGAUUGCAAUGGAGAAACACCGAGCCGAAGAAGACUUGCAAAAGGAAGCUUGUAGGGCCAUUGAAUGCAUUACCCGGAAUAACAACCGCGGCAAACAAGCCUUUGGAGAUAAUGCCAAGCUUGCCACCACUGCGAUUCUUCACGCCAUGAAGGAUCAUCCUAAAGCUGCGAGGCUUCAGCGCAUGGCAUGCCGUGCAUUGGCCUCCAUUGCUUCGGAAUGUCCCGAUUGCAGUCGGAGCAUUGUGCACCGAGGCGGCUUGGACUGGAUCCGUCGGACACUCAAAAACCACGAUGAUAAUACCGAAGUUAUCGAAUGUGCUUUUGAUAUUCUGAUCAACAUUACGUCAUCCGUUCACGAUGCAGCGCUCGAUGAAGAAGUUGCAAUGACUGUUUCAAUGGAACGGGUUCUUGCCAUGAUGCUGCUCUUUCGUAAGAACGAAAAGAUGCAGAGCCAGGGCAUGGCAUUGCUCUGCAUCCUAUGCAAGACCAGUCAGAGGAAUCGAGCCAAGAUCGCCACCUUGUAUGGGUUGGAAGUCAUCACCAAGAGUUUAGAGACAUGUAGUCUCAACAAGGAAGUGCAGCGUCAUGGGACAACGUUGAUUCAGCAUCUUUCCCAGUCUGAAGGAAACGCUGUGGCAGCUGGUCUCAUGUCGGAAGGAGGGAUGGAACUCUUGCUGAAUGUUGUCCGAAGGCACGGCAGCGACCCUGUCGUUGUUCAGCAGAUCUUCCUUAUCAUAGCCAAAAUGGCCCGACCCUUUUCGGAUACGAUUCGAAAGGAAGGUGGCAUUGAACUCAUCCUGUCAGGGAUGAAACGCCACGAGGAAGAUAUCAAUGUACAAGAAGCUGCCUGCAUGGCUCUGUGGAAGCUUGCUAGCAAAACGGAAAAUGCUAAUGUCAUCAAUGGUAAUGGAGGAGUUAGUCUUAUCAACGCUGCCUUGGCCCGCUUUGCCACUGACGAAGCGAUAUCCGAGGUUGCUUGCGAAGCCCUGGCAACCCUGUCACAUGACAAACAGAUGAUAUUGGCUCAGGAAACGCUCAAGGCAAGGGCUGCGAAACAGCAUCCCGUCGAAAAGAAGCCAAGGAGUUACUGGAACUGCGGUGUCAGUUGCUUUUAGUUAGGACAAGUUUGAAACUCAAGACGAAGGCGAAUACCAGGAGUGGAAGUGGAAGUACGUCAUGGCGCCCGCUCAUCAGCUACCGUGUGCGCGCACUCUUGGGUUUGCACCUUGACACUCCACCCAAUUCAAAACCGAAGAGGUCGCUGCUGCAGCCAAGCAAGAAACGGAACAGGCUGCGAAGGAGUUAGACUACAGUCACUAAUCUGUUCCUUGCUUUGACUGGGCGAGUCUCGUUUCCUGAGAGCUGGUUGCAGCCUAAGACGAAGCGAAUACGAGAAAGGCACAGAAGCGCGCUGCACAAAGUGUUGUGGCAAAAGGUACGGUACAAAAGUAGAAUCAGUCUAUACUUAUGAAUGUAAAGAAUAGUGUAGAAGCCAAACAAACAACUAUUACUGCCUC